AUGGCCCCCGCACCUGCUGAGAGCGCCUCACCGAUUGGCAUUGCCAAUCUGCCCAACCAGCGGCACAAAAUUGUCGCCAAGAGAGGAGCCGCCUUCACGAUCAUGGUUGCUGGCGAGUCCGGUCUGGGCAAGACGACCUUCAUCAACACCCUGUUCUCCACCACUAUCAAGAACUAUGCCGACCACAAGCGGCGACACCAGAAGCAGGUCGACAAGACUGUCGAGAUCGAGAUCACCAAGGCCGAGCUCGAGGAGAAGUUCUUCAAGGUUCGCCUCACCGUCAUUGAUACCCCCGGCUUCGGCGACUAUGUCAACAACAGGGACUCGUGGAUGCCCAUUAUCGAGUUCCUUGACGACCAGCACGAGUCCUACAUGCUUCAGGAGCAGCAGCCCCGCCGCCAGGACAAGAUCGACCUGCGUGUCCACGCCUGCCUGUACUUCAUCCGCCCUACUGGCCACACCCUCAAGCCUCUCGACAUUGAGGUCAUGAAGCGCCUCUGCUCCAGAGUCAACCUUAUCCCUGUCAUCGCCAAGGCUGACACUCUCAGCCCUGCCGACCUGGCCAAGUUCAAGCAGCGCAUUCGUGCCGUCAUUGAGGCCCAGAGCAUCAAGAUCUACCAGCCGCCAAUUGAGGAGGAUGACGAGGCUGCCGCUCAGCACGCCCGCAGCCUGAUGGCUGCCAUGCCUUUCGCCGUUAUCGGCUCGGAGAAGGACGUCAAGACUGGCGACGGCCGCAUCGUCAAGGGCCGCCAGUACUCGUGGGGUGUCGCCGAGGUCGAGAACGAGGACCACUGCGACUUCAAGAAGCUGAGGUCAAUCCUCAUCCGCACCCACAUGCUCGACCUUAUCCACACCACCGAGGAGCUGCACUACGAGGCCUACCGCGCCCAGCAGAUGGAGACCCGCAAGUUCGGCGAGGCCCGCCCGCGCAAGCUCGACAACCCCAAGUUCAAGGAGGAGGAGGAGGCCCUGCGCAAGCGGUUCACGGAGCAGGUCAAGAUUGAGGAGCAGCGAUUCCGACAAUGGGAGCAGAAGCUCAUUGCCGAGCGCGACCGCCUCAACAAGGACCUCGAACAGACCCACGCCCAGAUCAAGCAGCUCGAGGGCGAGCUGGAGCAGAUGCAGGGCAGCGCCGUCCGCAGCCACGGCCGUCGUUAA